AUGGAUUUGUCAUCGCUUUGCUUACGACUAAUUCAAGGCCCAGAUCAAAGUCUUGGGAUUAACAUUUGUUUCUCUCAAAGUGGUAGAAUAUUUCAAGGCAGUUUACCACCAUUGCUUCUUGUACUUAUCUCUAUUACACUGUUGUGGACAAGUCAAUUGGGAACACAAAAUCUUAGUUGUACACAGUUACUUCUAUUCUUGCUUUCAAUUGUAUUCUGGUUAUGGAUGAAUGGACAAAACUUGGAUAACUCUACAUCCACUGGAUUCCUUAAUGUCUGGUGUUUAUUGUGCUCGUGUUCCAUCGGUGUAGUCUACCUGUUUACUUUAAUUCAUUAUCGUUUCGUAUGUCGAUUUCUUAGAAAAAAGUAUCAACAAUUAGAUCGUCUAUCCUCUUUUGGUUUAAAUCAUAACAAACCAUCUACUGUUAAUGACAGAAUAAAUGGACCAGUGUCAAUUCCAGGAUAUGGAUGUUGUGGAAAUUGUGGUGCCUGUCCAGACUCAUGUACUAGUUGUAUAGCCGGUAGAACAAGUACAGGAUUUGUUUCAUCGAACGGGACUGCUGUGUGUUGCAGUAACAGUAGUUGUGGUUUGUCGGCUGGUAGCGGUCAUGCUUGUCAAGGACUACCUAUAUUACAGACAAAUGCUACUGCAAACAAUAGUCCAGGACCUAUGGGAUUCACACAAACAAUGGGACUGUCUGUGAGUAAAAGGGAAACUUAUGGUGAGAACUAUUUAUGCUCAGGGAGUUCUGAAUCUGGCAACGGAAUAAACAAUGGUACAUUUCGUGGUUUGAAAUGGCGUAAUUUAAGACGAACAAAUAAUAACGGCGGUAACAACAACAACAAUAAUAAUAACAACCCCAACCCCAAUAUGUUAGGUGUUGAUCUUAAUCAGUCAGAUUGUCAUGUGUGUCAAUCACACCUGAUCGACACUUCAUUAUCCCCGCCUACAGCUAAUCUCUUGCCUAGAAAUCAAUAUUUACCUGUAUCACAAUUUACCAGUGUAUAUAAUUUCAAUGUAAAUAACUAUCCAUCAAGUUAUUGUUUAACUGGAUUAAAAACUUUACUGACUACCUGUUUCUGUCUAAUGAGUACUAUCUAUUGGAUAAGUAUAUUUGCACAAGGUACGUUGCCUGAAACAUGUCUUGGAGUGUCAGUUUGUCAAAUCAUAGAAGUGGACCGUGGGUAG